AUGAGCAAGGAAAUCUUGGGAAAGAGCUCCGAUUACACCUUCACCGCAAGUUACCCUUCGAUAUCGAACAAUGAGAAGCAUUGCGGCAACAGCAUGGCAUACGAAUCAUUGAAGCCAUCUUCAUCCCGAACAAUAGCGAAAGUGGUGUCGAAAGUGGUAUCGAAAGAUAGGAAGGAACUCAGCACAAGCAAACGACAGCAACGGUGGAUUGGAUUUUAUACCAAGACAGCUCUAUUAUCAAUUCUCGCGACUGCACCUCUUGCAAUUGCGGAUUGCAUCUCUCUUACCGGUUCUACACAAUGUCCUGCAUUUACUUCUGCUUCAGUUGAAACCAGCCUGACCGGGCUUUUCCCAUUUCUAUCCUAUGUUUCCGAUCGCGCUACUUUCGAUACUCAAUUAAGCGCAUAUGUCCAAACAAGCUAUGUGCAGUUAAAGUACCAGCAACUACUCGGAUGCGGAAAUAUAAAUCUUACAAACACAACAAACCUUUACGCUAGAUACACAACCACAGCUAUAUGUAAUUCUAUUAUCCAGAAUUCAAAAAAAUCAUGUAGUUUAUCGGAUACCCAAGCACCGCCGGUUUGUGCAGAUUCUUGCGCCCAAUUUGCGGAGAGCGAGUCGAUAAUAAUCUCUGAUGGACAACUCUGUUCAAGUCCUGGGGAUAAUGCUAUUUCUCAAAUUCGCGCCGAUUUCACAAAUUGCGCAUUACCAUCAGAUUCAUUAGCUGGAUCUUGUGUUGAAGGCUCCACCAAUGAACCGGAUAAUUGUGGAUUUGGAAAUAGUACGUUUGGAUUAUGUCAGUACUGUGGUACGGGUGGGCAAAAUAGUACGGAUACAUGCUGUUAUAAUUCAAAAGCAGAGACUCGUUGUGCUGGUAUAGUACUACCUACAAUCACAGGAUUCAUAAACUUCACCACAAGCACUGCCUCGGGAUCCGGAACAUCUACCCCAACUUCAUCUCCCACGGGAGCUGCCAGCUCUACAUCAAAGAAGGGAAUAUCUGGUGGUGCCAUUGCUGGUAUCGUUAUUGGAUCAUUAAUUGGUUUGGCUGCACUCGUCGCCUUAAUCUUUCUCAUUGCGUUGUGCUUGCGUAGACGACGUGGAAGUCAGCAUGGAAGUAUUCUCAAUCAACCGACACCGCCUAGAAAUAAGGGAAUGACAUACAAUCCUGUAGGUUCCAAUACUACACCGGAAGGGUACGAAGUACUCCCGGGGGGGCGGAUUGCCCGAAUGUCGGCACUUGAAGGACAUUCUCACUCCGCACAUUCUUCAUCUCCACACGACAGAGGUGCUUCGGCUGCUGGCGCUGUAUUAGGGGGGGCUGCCGGCUAUGCUGCCGGGCGACGACAUGAGCAUCAAUCUUCAUCGAGUGAAUUCGGAGAAAGUCCAAAUUCAGCUAUGCAAGGUGGAAUUUUGCGACCACCUCCGAAUAGACGAACUGCGUCACUUUCCAGUGGCUCGGUUCUUGGAAUUGACGAUCCUCAGACUCCUGGAAGUGUGUCAUCACCACAAGCCUUGGCGAGCAAUCAAUCUGAGCAGCUACCAUUCUUCAAAGACUACUAUUCUCAAGAUGAGAUUCACCCUGGUGAUAAAGUUGCAACGUUAUGGGCCUAUCAACCACGCGCCGGAGAUGAGUUUUCAUUAGAACGUGGUGAUAUGCUCAAGAUUGUCGGUAUUUGGGAUGAUGGAUGGGCUACUGGAGUCAUGAUUAAUGAGCGAGCGGAUGAAUGGGACGAGAAGCGUAAGAUGCAACGCGACAGUGGUGUUUCAAAUACAUCCGGACGAAAAGACCAAUCUCCAAACGUUAGUGGUGAGAUCAAAGCUUUUCCAUUGGUCUGUGUUUGUCUUCCGGAUCAUUGGAGAAGGACAAUCGACGGUGAUGGUUCAACGGACUCCGGUGGUCCACCAGGCCUUUCAUGA